GAAACUACAAUAAGUAGUUACUACUUUGUAGUAAGAUCCACAAGUAGGAAAGUACCUUUGGUAAAAAUUUUCGAGCAUAGUAGUCAUUGCUAAUUUGAAAAUAAUUGCGCAAAAUGAGCCGAACGAGAUGUUCCAACGAUGAUGGUUCCAAGAGCAGAAUAUAAGUGAUGUGCUAUUCAGCACUGCUUUGGAAAACUGCGGUAUUUCAUUGCUAAAAAAAAUUGCAAACUCCUGCUAUGAAAGCAAAGAAGAAAAAGGCCAAGAUAUGAUUGAUUUCAUUCUCCUUCGGAAAGGAAUCAAAGUUACGGAGCAGUAGAUUACAAAGAAGAUUAACAACAUAAAAACUCGUAUCGAAAGUAAAACUGAUAUGAAGGCUACAGAUGGUACUUCAGCCCGGGCAUCUACUUCUAAAUGCAAUCCGAUUUCCGAAGUGCAACAUCAUGAGAAUGUUUUCAGAGCACUAUCCGGUAGUGAUGAAGACGCUGUGGAGUUCAUGUCUCCGAGAAAUUCACCAUUACCAACGAUUCGGACUCCAACAACUCGAAGACGAUCUCAGAAACAGCAUUACUUUGAAACUUUGGAGACAUCGAAGCUGACAACACCAGAACUUCAGAGACUCGUUUUGAUAAAACAAUUGGAAAACUUUGAGGAACAAAAGCAGUUACAUAGACGGAUGGAAGAAACUUUGGAGAAAGUUGAUUAA